AUGACAUGUCAGCCGACAGAAUGUAAUCCAAGAAAGCGGACUGUAACCAAUGAUUUCACGCACUCAACACGGGCUAACCUGCUGCUUGAAUUCCUUCAACACUUGGUAUAUCAUGGCUGGCCUUCGCACAUCAUUGGCUUGGCGUUUGUACUAGCCAUCGGCUUUCUUCUUGUUAUCUUAUCGUGUGCACUAUACUACAACUGGUGGCCCCUUUUAGUUGUGGCGACGUAUGUACUGGCACCACUACCAAAUGCUAUUUGCAGUCGAUGUGCUGGCGAAGAGGAUAUCAUGUCGGACUACAACAGCGGAAUCAUUGAUGCAGGACAUUUUAUCACUGGCAUGUUUAUUGUCACAGGAUUUUGCUUGCCUCUUGUAUUAGCCCACGCUGAAGUGAUCACCAUCCCUGCAAUGAUAAUGAGUGUUGCUGGUGGUAUCCUGGUGUAUGGCACAAUUAUCACGUAUACGCAUUUCUUUGCCGAUCAAGGCGAUGAGUUCUGA